AUGGCCACCACCACAACCACCACGCUGCCGCGUCCUAUGAACCCUCCCACCGGCCCACUGCCCGCCCUGCCAGUUCCCAAGACGCGGCGCGCUGCAACCGCCCGCCCCGGCCCGUCAAGCCCGGAGCGCCGCAUCUCCACCGCCUCCAACCCGUCGCUGUCCCGCCCACCGCCCUCACCCCGCCUCUCCUCGUCGUCGCUCCCCAUGAGGCCCCAGAGCAAGCACGCGAACUCCAUGCCCCAGGCCCAACAGCCGGCCGCACCCGCGGGUGGCCCAUCGCCGCACAAGACGCUGCGCAAGACCAUCAGCAUAGGCUCCUUCCCGCAGCCGCCCAAGAGCAGUCGCCAAAGCCACCCGUCGAGCCCACUGUCCGCCGCCACCACCCCGGACGGCGUCACCACCGACCGCAGAGGCUCGGCAGGCUCGCUGAGCGUGCCCGGCGGUGGCGCCUUGCGCAAGCGGCCUAGCAUCAAAGGCCGUGGGCCUUCGGCCAUCAAGUCUCCCCUCACGUCGCCGAGCGCCCUGACCGAAUUCUCGCCCACCGAGAGCCGGAGUUCGUCGGCCAACGGCUCCUACUCGACCGGAUUCGAAGAGACGGGUGGCGAGGAGGACAAGGGCAGCAAGUCGCCCUCCUCGGACAAGGAUUUCGGCAAGGAUCUCAAGGGCAAUGUCAUUGUGAGCGUCAGAGUGCGCCCCAAUUCUUCAACCAGCGAGAACACGGGCCUGCAGGACUGGGAGCUUGAUGGCAGGCGAGGCACAAUCACAUUUAGGGGAAAAGAUGGCGGCACCUUUCAAAGCGACAACGUGUUUUCGACGCAGGACAACAACGCUAGGGUGUAUGAUGCAGCAGCUAAACGAUUGGUGCGUAGGGUAAUGGAAGGAUAUCACGGAACCGUUUUCGCGUACGGAAUGACGGGCACAGGAAAGACGUUCUCCAUGCAGGGAACAGCAACAUCUCCCGGUGUGAUCCCAUUGGCCAUCACCGACAUUUUUUCAUUUAUUCGCGAGACGCCCAAGCGCGAGUUCUUGCUCCGGGUUAGCUACCUGGAAAUCUACAACGAGAGGAUCCACGAUCUUUUGUCAGACCCGCCACCGACAGGACCAGGCGCACAGGCCAUCCAGCAAGAGGAAAUCAAGCUGAGGGAGGACAGCAAACGAGGCGUAUACGCCACUCCGCUAAAGGAAGAAAUCGUCCAAAGCCCAACCCAGCUUCUUCGCGUUAUUGCGAGAGGCGACAACAACAGAAGAGUCGCCGGGACUCAGUUCAACGCUCGCAGCUCGCGAAGUCAUGCUGUCGUCCAGAUUGUCGUCGAGAGCCGUGAGCGCGUGCCUGGAGGCGUGGCGCUUCAGGAUACCAAACGUACUGCCAUUGCGCCCGGUGGCGUCCGCGUCUCCACGCUGAGCUUGAUUGAUCUUGCCGGGUCUGAGAAAGCAGCUGAAGAUAAGGAGAGAAGAACCGAGGGUGCUCACAUCAACAAGAGUUUGCUUACGCUUGGUACCGUGAUUGCUCGCCUGUCCGAGGCGAAGGACAAGAAGGGAGCAGACAAGGACAAGCACUUGCCUUAUCGUGACAGCAAGCUGACACGCUUGUUACAACCGGCCCUCUCUGGAGGCUCGCUUGUCAGCAUCCUGUGCACAAUCUCAAUCGGGUCCACGGGAACUGCCGCCUCCAUCGCCACGCAUGUCAACGAAACCUUGAACACUCUGAAAUUCGCGUCCCGCGCGAAGAACAACAUCGUCAGCCAUGCCAAGAAGGCAGAGGAGGCGCUUCCCGGCGGCGGCGAUGCCGGCAGCCGAGCUCUUUUGGACCGAUACCGCAUGGAAAUCCAGGAACUCCGCAAGCAGCUAGAGAGCAAGACAAAAGAGGAGGCUACGGUUGUCAAAGAGGUCAAAGAUGUCGAUAUGGCGGAAGAGAGGGCAAGGGAAGCCGAGGCUGCGGCCAGGCACGAAGAGCAGAUGCUAGAGAUGCAGCUCGCGCGAACGGCCUUGAAGGAGCGUAUCGAGCACCUCAACCGCCUCAUUCUCAGCUCCAAGUCGAUCGGUGUCAACUCUGGCCGGUCCUUUUCGUCCAUGGGCUUCCAAUACCGCAACUCGAUAAUGAGCAACAGCGAGCCCCACACGGUAUCGGCGCGAACGUCGACAGCGACUCUGGAGGUGCCGCACUUCAACAGAAUGUCUUCGGGAGGCUCAGCAGCGCCGUUUUCUCCUUACGCGACACAGGCGCCGGGCAUGCCGUCAGACCACACUUCCGAGGAAGACGAUUCCAUUGGCGAGAAUGGCGACGGCACGGCAACCGAAAGCGCACGGGUCCGGGCUCUGCAAGCAGACCUCGAGGACAAGAACCGCUACAUCGCGACGCUGGAGAAGCGGCUGCUCCAAGCACGGAGGUCCAGCCACUCGCGCGUGUCCAUGGCGCUGGCAGCUUCGGUACACUCGGCCGAGGAAGGCGGGGUUGAGGCUCUGAUCAAGGAGAAGGACGACGAGAUUGCGGACCUGCGAGCGCGGCUGGACGACAAGGACCGGAUGCUGACGGCAUUGCGCUCGGCGGCAAGGAAGCGCGACGUGGCGGAUCUCACCAUCGAUACGUCGAUUGAGCGUCGAGCGUCGAUGGGCCCGCGAACGCCAGGGCACCGGAGUAGGGGGAGCACCGGGUCGUCGUACCUCACGCGGCAGUCGGCAGCCAGUCCGAUCGCGCUGCCGUCACCACGGUCGGAAAAGAGGUCUCGGGACGUGGAGGACAUUACCAGGAUGUUGGAUAACAUGAUAUCCGAGCAGGGCGACAGCGGGCAGCGGCCCGUCAAUGCGCGGAGGGCGAGCAUCGCCAGGAUGGCGCUCGAGGGCCGGGGGAUGUCGUAG